AUGGUGUUAGCCGACACCGAUAAAUGUGCAUAUGUGGACACCUUUGUCAUCCGUUUUAAUUCCCGCACUGUCGAGGUCUAUCAAGGAAAAAAGAAGGCCAGACUGUUUGCCAUUAUAAGACAACAUUUGCCAUUAGAUGUCUACUACACCUUCGUACUAAUGUGUGCACAUUCUUGGAUCAGCAUGUUUUACGGAGUCCUGAUCAGGCACUUCAAAGGUUUGCCAAGCUUGAUCGUAGUCGGACUCCCAGACACGUGGAAAACGCUCCUUCUGAAUCUGAGCGUGUCAAUUUUCGGGACAAAUAUGGAAGACAUUUGCAAUUUAGGAGAAAUAACUGAUUCCGCAGGCCUUGAUCGCUGGACAAAAUUGCACGUUCCUUUAAUAAUCCACGAUAAUCCAUUUCCUAAGCUAAUGCCACGUAUAUUUGGAUGCGUGUACGAAAGAAAACUAUAUCUAAACUAUCGCAACAAAAACAGCGGUGGUGUGCAUCCUACUUCGUCUUGUGCGCUUACCAUGAAUUCCGAUGGCCUGGAUGAUAUCGCUGCCGCAACUAAAGACAAAAUGCGGACAUUGAGUCGGGUAGCUAUUUUGACCAUGGAUAACGAGAUAACCGACAUCGAUAACACUGUUUUCACACUUCUGGAGCAAGCGCAGCAACGUGCAUCCAAAGAUGUUCGGAAACUGCUUCAUUUUGGCGAAGAAGGAUGCCGUGAACUGACUAAUGCGGUUAAUGACAAAUACGAAAUCAUCAAACCAAAACUAUUAUCAGCGGGGAUGGUUAGCUGCACUCACCGAAUUGCAACCUUAUACUCUAUACUGUCGUCUGUUGGGGAUAUGAUUGCCCGUAAAGUUGCUUGCGAGUACGACCAAGAAGAAGCUCUCCAGUGCCUGCUACGGCAUAUUUCAAAAGCCGCGCCAUAUCAAACUUUACCGCGCAAUGGUUUGACCGCGCGUACAACGCUAUCUUUACUUCCCGACCGAAGCAACUGCUUGGCCAAAGAAAGUUUUGCUCAACUGAUAGAAGCACUACGCAAGACAACUCAUGCCGAAAAGAUGAAUACGUUUUUUAAGAACGUUCUCUCGGUGAAGUUUGAAGAUAUUGCGGAAGACGUGCUUUGUUUGGCUGUUCGGAAGGACUUGUUCCUUGAUGCAACAAAAGAGGACCCGUUGCAACAAAAUCGCUGGUGCAUUGGCCAGAUUGCUUGGGCAGACAAGCAGCACCAAGUGAAUCUGAAGGGUGUGCGGAGGCGUUGCUUAAUUUUGCCACGCGAGCACUUUACUUCAGAGCAACUUGCAAAGAUUGAUGGUAUCGUCGGUGCUUUGCAAGUUUCUAGACGAAGCGCCCGAGGUGAGCUUGGCCGGUAA